AUGAAAUUUUUUAAUACCGGGUACUUUGUAACAGAGAAAUAUUCUGACAAAGAGUUAUAUACUUUAUUGAAAUCUACAGAUACAGAGGAUAACAUACAAGGACUUAGAUAUGUAUUAUGUAAGGUACAGGAAGGAUAUGACUUUUCGGGAGAUUUCGAUAUUAUCAUUAAACUUAUUGACACUACAAAUACAAAAUUAAAAAUACUAACAAAUGAAUACUUUAAGUACUAUUUCCGUAAUAAUAUUGAUGAAGAAAGAAAGCUUUUACUAGUUAAUACAUUUUUAAAGGAUUUUGGUGACAUGUCUGACUGUAUUAUUGGCUAUAUAGUUGAACUAUCAAAUACUACGUUAAUACAUACAUACAUGCCUUAUUUAAUAAAAUACAUACAAAAAUGCAGCAAUUAUAAACAAUUGUGCCAUAUUGCAUACACUUGUGAUAAAAAGUACGGUACAGAAUUAAGUAUUAAAGUACCAACAAAAUGGGAAGACAGUGAUUACCUUACAUUAAUAAGUUUAACUGAUCUAACAAUGCCAGAUAAUAUUAUUGAUUAUAAUAUCUAUAACACUCCAAACUUAAUACCAAUAGUCAGGAAAAUUUUUUACAAUGGAAGCGAUCUCGACAGUGAUGUGAUAAAAAUUUUACUGAAAAAAAACAAUAUAACUUUAUUUUAUUACAUUUUUAAAAUUAUUGUAUCAAAAUAUCCAGAACUUUUACAAGAUGCUUAUAACCAAUCGUUAAUUCAUAUGAGCACUUCUUAUGAAUAUUUGUAUCAUUUAUUAAUUCUUCAUGAAGAUAUUAUUGACCGAGUUAAAUAUACUAACAGAACUUACAGUAUUUUUUUUAGCGAUCCUGAUUAUAUUAAAAUACAAAAAAUAAAAAUUUUAUUCAAAAAUAUUGAUGAAAUAAGUAUCAAAGAGAUAAGAAGACACAAAUUUCUAGAGAUAAUAAACUUAAGUAUAAAAUAUAACUGUACGCUAUUUGAAGAUGUUUUUUAUGAAAAUGAAAUUGAUGACACAAUAAGGGCUCUAUACAUUGCAUGCAAAGAGAGGAGGUUAGCGUAUGUUAUUCAAAAAUAUUUAAUAUCUAUAUUAAACAGACGCGUUGAAAUGAAAGAAAAUAUUUUAAGAAUGUUUGUGUACUUAUGUUCUAUUUACUUUGACAGUGAUAUUUUACCUAAAAUAACAGCAAAUUUUAAUACAAUUUUAUCUUAUUACAUUAAUCUGUAUAAAAGAGGAAUACUAAAACAACCAGAGUUAGUAGCUUCACUACAAAAAUAUUCCAAACAACAUAAAGAUAAAUUAAAAAUAAUACUAGAAUUAAUUAAAUCUGAUAUUAAUUCCAUUACACAAUUUACAGAUAAAAUAUCUAUAACAGAAGAACCAAAAAUAAAAAUAGAUCUUUAUAACAAUCUACUUGAUUGUAAACCGUAUUCUCAAAAUAACACUGAUAUUUUUGAGAAUAAAAAGGUAAGUUCUUUGACUACCGAUCUAGAAACCAAUAUAAAAAAAGUAAGUAUAAAAAACAAUGAAAUAUUACAUAAUUACAUUUUAUAUCGUGACACCAAAAAAGAAAAUAAUGUAUUUAUUGACCAUAAGUCAAUUAAAGGGGUGGUAUACAUUCUCAAUAAUAUAUUACUUCUUAAUAUUGAUAUAUUAGAGCAAGAUAUUAAUAUUAAAUGCAUUGUGGAUAAGCAAACUACAAAUAUAUUACUAUCUAAAGAAAGUAAAGUUGAGCUAUGUGAUGUAAGUUCUGUUAGUUUUGUUAAACUUUAUUUGUGUAAUGAAGUUUACAAUAUUUCAAUAAAGUCUAAAAUUUCUAAGAAUAUUGUUUCUAAAGAAGAGUGGAAUAAAGAGUUUAACAAAUUGAAUAAAUACAAACUGGUUGAGAAUUUUAUGAUGAUGGAUGAAGUGCAUAAAGUAGAUGAAGAAAGAUUUAGCUUUUGUGUUUAUGAUAAGAAAGUAUACGGUAGAAUCUACAAUAAUCAAAUAAUUCUUAAAAGUUCUGAAGAUGUUCUAAAAGAACUUUAA